UGCGCGCGGGGGGUCCCCGAGCUCGGCUCUGCGGGCGAGAUGCCCCUGGGACACGUCAUGCGGCUGGAUCUGGAGAAGAUCGCCCUGGAGUACAUCGUGCCCUGCCUGCACGAGGUCGGCUUCUGCUACCUGGACAACUUCCUGGGCGAGGUGGUGGGCGACUGCGUCCUGGAGCGCGUCAAGCAGCUGCACAGCAACGGGGUCCUGCGCGACGGCCAGCUGGCGGGGCCGCGCGCCGGCGUCUCCAAGCGCCACCUGAGGGGCGACCAGAUCGCGUGGAUCGGGGGCAACGAGGAGGGCUGCGAGGCCAUCAGCUUCCUCCUGUCCCUCAUCGACAGGCUGGUGCUGUACUGCGGGAGCCGGCUGGGCAAAUACUACGUCAAGGAGAGGUCCAAGGCAAUGGUGGCUUGCUACCCGGGAAAUGGAACAGGUUAUGUUCGACAUGUAGACAACCCCAACGGUGACGGCCGCUGCAUCACCUGCAUCUACUAUCUGAACAAGAAUUGGGAUUCCAAGCUGCACGGCGGGGUGCUGCGGAUAUUUCCAGAAGGGAAAUCGUUUGUGGCGGAUGUGGAGCCCAUUUUUGACAGACUCUUGUUCUUCUGGUCGGACCGCAGGAACCCGCAUGAGGUGCAGCCUUCCUAUGCAACCAGAUACGCCAUGACUGUUUGGUACUUUGAUGCUGAUGAAAGAGCAGAAGCCAAAAAGAAGUUCAGAAACUUAACUAGGAAAACAGAGCCUGCCCUCACUGAAGACUGACGGUGCUCCAAAAUCCGCUGGCCUCAUUCAUUUUCGCAACAGUCCCUGCAUUCUCUUUAAGAGUUGCAACCCAGAGAAGGCCACUUCGGUGAAUUGGUGACGCGCCACCCCCCUGCUGCUUGCUUCGUUCACAUCCCUGUCUUGCGAAUGGUACUUUGUGUUUUCUUGCCAAGACUGCAUCCACCUUCAGACACUUUUCUUUGCCAGAUGAACUCAUUAUCUAACUCCGAAAAUCCCUGCAGACCACCCCUCCGGCCAGCGGUUUAACUGCUAGAUUUGUUAAUACUGUUUAUCAAAAUGAGAGCCCAGAAGCGUGGGCGAGGUAGUAAAUCUUAUUUGCACUUUAUGUACACUUCCUGAUUUGAAAGGAGGCGGCUUACAAAGAAGAAACAGUGGUGACAGGUGCCACAGAGAGGCGUCACUGAAACCUUGACAGCAAGAAACAGGAAUCUGUGUCAUCUGAACAAUUUCCAGAUGUUUUUAAUCCAGGGCUGUUGGAGUUUCUGGAGAAUUAUCACAACCCAGUGACAUUCUUACCUCUAGAAAGGGCUGCUGUCACAGUCAUCCAUUUAUAAGUGUCCUGUGGGUAGACACUCCUUUUUCCUGGUCCUUUAACCUGGACUUUUGGCCUCUGCCCCAUUUUACUGAGCAUAUGACUUUCUGAUCAAAAAUAACAACACCAUUUAUUUUCUGUUUUUACUUCUUACUUGGGGAACCUAGUUCCUCAGAGGCAAAAACUAGACAUUAACUGUUUGGUUGCUUUGUUUUAAUGGAAUUUGAAUUUAAAGCAAAGGGAAAAAAGUUUACCUGUUAGUUUAGAGUUGGCAACCUCGGAUACUGGUGUGGAAAGACCUGAGUGUUCCCAUAUACAACAAACAUGUGUGCGUCCUGAACAUUUUGAGAGAGAAAUGGAGUUGGAAAUGUGGACAUUCUCAUUUUUCUGUUUUCCUUCUUUAACAAAAUAAGAAAAUAAUUUUAAAAAAUAGGGUGCUGUAUUUAAAAAAGGAAAUGAAAAUAAAGCAAAAAAUCCUGAGAAGCUGUUUGAGUUCUUUCAUGUUUUCUGUCCUGAGUUGCCUUUUUGAACAGAAUUGACUCUCCGGAUCCACAGUAGUUGGCAGUGGGGCCAGAAUCAUGGAAUUUGCUAGAACUGUGAAGGCCUCUACUGCUACAGUAAGCACAGAUUCCUCACAAACUCUGUAUGAGUGCCUGCUUUAUGAAAGUUACUCUUCCUACUUUCCAAUUCCAUUUUCAUAUUUUUUAAAUCCCUUGAUUACUUCUUUGAAAAUCCCAUGAACUUUAAAGAGCCAGGAAUAUUUUCUUUGGUCAUUUAUAGACUUUGCAAGAAAGAAGCUUAUUUUUUCCUUUUCUGGUUUUAGGAAAUUUCUAGCAAAGAUACGUCUUCUUUCUCAUAACUGCUCUUUUUUUUUUUUUAAAUAGUACUUAUCACCUUCUAACUUAUUGUUUAAUUUUCUUAUUUAUGUGUUUAUUAUCUUGUAUCUUCUAGAGUGUAAACACAAAAAAGACAGGGAUUUUUGUAUGUUUUUAAUCAAUGGGAUGUAUUCCCAGCACCUAAAAUAGUGCCUGACACACAGUAAGGGCUCAGUGAAUACUUUUGAAUAAACUCGCUCUCCUACCAUGGCAUGUGUCAAUGGUUUGAUUAAUUUCCUUCAUCUUUGGCAGGAAGGACUGGCUAGAAUUUUUGUACACACGUCUCUCAUUGUGGGCUUAUAAAUUUAGGCUAAGAGUUUUAGAAAGCUUUGGUCAUCGUGUCAUUUCAUAUUUGCUUACCAGUUUGAACAGGUCAUUGACCACUAUGAACCUGAAAGUUGAACAGAGAAUUCUGCCCUUUGGUAUCCUGGGACUGCAGGAGUAACUUACAUGAAUAGAUUCAGACAGGGCAAAGCACAUUCCUCCUUCGGAACAAUUUUGAAAAACGUCAUUAAGAGAGAGAAAAAGAAGGCUGUUUCUUAGGAAUUUAUAUUCUAUAAAAUUGUAACUAAGAUUUUUUCCCAUGAUUACUAAUGUCAUGAGAAUGACAGUGAGAAUAUUCUGAAGGAAUAUCAUGUUCCAGUAUAUGUCUUGUAUCUUUCAUUUUGGUCAAUAUUUUGACUUGCGAAAAUGUCGGACCUCUUAGGCCUUGCUUACUCCUUCCAAACAAAGGUCUGAUAAACUAAUAAACUAUAUAUCAAAUCAA